AUGGAUCUUUUUGCGACAAAUGGAUCAGUUCGCCUGGGCUUUCCGUCUCUUGAGCUCUUCCAGUAUCCUUACAGUCGGCCUGAUAAACUUGCUCUGGAUCUUCGUCCGCCACCUCUGAAUGACUCCCCACUUUCAGUUUGGCAUCCAUUCAGAAUUAACCCUGAAUUUUAUCGCAUUUCCCUGCAGCUCGGAAAUGUUAUUUCAUUUGUGGUAAUCUACAUUUCCGCCGUCUUGUUUAUGAAUCAAGUCAACGCCGCAAGAGGAUGGAAACCAUGGGCUUUCAGCAAAUCUUCCACUUUCAAAGCCUUGGUGGUAGCGCACAACAUCUUACUAGCGGUUUUCUCUGCGUGGUCGUUGAUUGCAACCAUAUUCCUGAUGUGGAACUAUUGGCCGUCGAAAGUAAGAGAGCAACAAGAGCCCUCCUACGAACAUAUUGCGGAAUACUUUUGCCAACUACACUCAAGCGCAUAUCAAGUGUUGAAAAAUUCAAAUUCGAUUAGUCCCACGGAAGCAGGACUCUCUUACUUGUUCUGGCUCUUCCACCUAAGCAAGUUUUACGAAGUUGUCGAUACAAUGAUCCUUCUUGCAAAAGGUAAAAAGAGUUCAAAUUUACAAACGUAUCAUCACGCUGGUAUUAUCAUAUGUACAUGGACCACCAUGUUCUAUGAGUCUCCUACAGCCAUUGUCGGUGCUUUGAAUUUAGGCGUGCAUACUUUGAUGUACACAUACUUUGCCCUUCAAACACUUGGAAUAUCUGUUUCACUCAGUACAAAACGCGCUCUGACUAGCAUUCAAAUUACUCAAUUUUUCGUCGGCCUAGUUUGGGGUCUUUGCUAUCCGUUGGUGAGCUACAGGGUUCGCUUCAUUGACUCUCUCUCAGAGUCAGGCUCAAGCGCCUCACCGAAUCAUGAAGCCUGUUCAAUUGCAGAGAGAGGAUGGAAUUCCACGACAGGCUCAGCAGCGCAAGACACCUUUGUUCCAUGCUUGAGUGACAGUGGUGAAGCGGCUACGGUUGUGGUUUCGUUCAUUUACAUUUGGCCCUUGAUUAUAUUGUUUAUACGAUUUUUCAUCAAAUCGUAUACCAAAGGCAAAAGAUCUUAA